AUGCCUCGUGCGACGUCGGACCGCUUCAGCAGGGCCCAUCUACCUUCUGCAAAGUCAAAGUCUGCCGGGGAAUCAUCAGGAUCUUCGUCCGCUGUACACAAUCCAAUCUUCAAUACAGAGCGAUUCGGCCAACAUAUUCUCAAGAACCCGCAAACAGCCCAAACAAUUGUUGACACGGCGAAUCUGCGACCGACAGACAAAGUGCUCGAGGUCGGUCCUGGUACCGGUAACCUGACGGUCAGGAUAUUGGAGAAAGCGAAACAUGUAACGGCGGUGGAGAUGGACCCCCGCAUGGCGGCCGAACUCACGAAGCGAGUACAGGGAAAACCCGAACAACGGAAGCUCGAAAUCAUCAUCGGCGAUUUCGUCAAAGCCACCCUCCCCUACUUCGACGUCUGUAUCUCCAACACGCCCUACCAGAUCUCCUCGCCGCUCGUCUUCCGCCUGCUCUCGCACCGGCCGCUCUUCCGCGUCGCGAUCCUGAUGUUCCAGCGCGAGUUCGCGAUGCGGCUCGUCGCGCGCCCGGGCACGGACCUCUGGUCGCGCCUCUCCGCGAAUGUCCAGCUCUACGCGAAGGUCGACCUCACGAUGCAUGUCAGCAAGAACAACUUCCGCCCGCCGCCCAAGGUCGAGAGCAGCGUGAUUAGGCUCGUCCCGCGCGACCCACCUCCGCCCGUGGAGUUUGGCGAAUUCGAUGGUCUGGCGCGGAUCGUGUUUGGAAGGAGGAACAAGAUUUUGCAUGCGAAUUUCUUGGCGAAGGGUGUUAUGGAGAUGCUGGAGAGCAAUUGGCGGACGUGGGCGUCGAUGAACAAUGUGAUCGUCGAGGAUAAUGUCGACAUGAAGAAAAAGGUACAAGAAGUCUUACAGGAGACGGGCUAUGCAGAAAGCCGCGCAGCGAAGCUGGAUAUCGAUGAUCUUCUGAAGCUUCUGUCGGCAUUUCAUGACGUUGGUAUACACUUCGCAUGA